GUGUGGCGGAGUUGACUGGAUGAACUGCCGGUUGACCGCCUCAAAACCUGUUACCGAGAGUAGUGCAGAUUCAGAAAGCACCACAGUGUGUAUAGACGGAACAACAGCUAUUUAUCAGUCGCAGCCAGAUGUCUUUUACACCUUAGUUUAGCGGCGAACUCCACCGGCUAACUCAAACCGGAGCGCCCCGGUAAACGUACCGAGCAUACCCAUUGUGAUUUUUAGCGGCUGUUCUCAUUAGCCGUGUGUUGGUUACUAUUUUAGGUAGCUAAUCACAUUUUUGUAUGAAACGGUUCGAUGCAACAACGACCAAGGGUGUUAUAUUGUUAAUUGGAAAACAUUAAAGCUGAAGAAAUGAACAGUCGACUGCAAGAGAUUCGCGAGCGACAAAAACUUAGGCGGCAGCUUUUAGCGCAACAGUUGGGAGCUGAAAGUGCAGACAGUAUCGGAGCUGUCCUUAACAGCAAAGAUGAGCUAAAGGAGAUUGAGGAGACAAGAGAAACAUGCAGGUCUUCAUUUGACAGUUUAGCCGUACCUUCCAAAAGGAAGGCACAGACAGAGGGAGAGGAUACAGAGGAAGUUGUGGAAGAACAAAAGGAUGAGGUGGAGGUGCAGCAGCCAGAUGACAGCAACCCAUAUGAGGAGGUGUACAAGGACUCAAGUACUUUCCUUAAGGGCACCCAGAGUUUGAACCCUCACAAUGACUACUGUCAGCACUUUGUUGACACAGGCCACAGGCCGCAAAACUUCAUCAGAGAUGUUGGGUUGGCUGACCGAUUUGAAGAAUACCCCAAGCUUCGAGAGCUGAUCAGACUAAAGGACGAGCUCAUCUCCACCACCAACACCCCUCCCAUGUACCUCCAGGCCGAUCCAGAGCACUUUGACCUGCAGGAUUUGAAGUGCAAGUUCGAUGUAAUUCUCCUCGAGCCACCUUUAGAAGAAUACUACAGAGAAUCAGGCAUCAGCCACACUGAACGUUUCUGGACCUGGGAUGAUAUCAUGAAGCUGGAAAUUGAGGAGAUAUCGGCUCUGCGUUCCUUUGUCUUUCUCUGGUGUGGCUCUGGUGAAGGCCUGGACUUGGGCAGAAUGUGUUUGCGGAAGUGGGGCUUUAGGAGAUGUGAGGAUAUCUGUUGGAUCAAGACCAACAAGAAUAACCCAGGCAAGACCAAAGCGCUGGACCCAAAAGCAGUAUUCCAAAGGACCAAGGAACACUGCCUAAUGGGAAUCAAAGGAACAGUGCGAAGGAGCACUGACGGUGACUUCAUCCACGCUAACGUGGACAUUGACUUGAUCAUUACUGAGGAGCCUGAGAUGGGAAAUGUAGAGAAGCCUGUGGAGAUCUUCCACAUAAUCGAGCAUUUCUGUUUGGGCCGCAGGAGGCUGCACCUGUUUGGACGAGACUCGACCAUCAGACCAGGCUGGCUGACCGUGGGUCCUACUUUAACAAACAGUAACUUUAACCCAGAGACCUACGCCUCAUAUUUUGUUAACUCCCACCUAUCUGGCUGCACCGAGGACAUAGAGAGGCUGCGGCCCAAAUCUCCCCCGACUAAGCUGAAGUCGGACCGUGGUGGCGGAGCACCCAGAGGGGGACGUGGUGGGCCAAACGCAGGAAGAGGCGGAGACAGAGGCCGUGAAAGAAACCGGCCAAAUUUCCGUGGGGACAGGGGAGGGUUCAGGGGCAGGGGAGGGCCACACAGGGGCUUCCCACCUCGCUAGGGCAAAAAGUUCAUCCCAACCAGACUGAUGCUAGGAGUCCCCAUCUGCAACUGGUAUGGUAUGGUUAGUAUGUGACAACUGAGAAGUUAGCGGAUGUCAAGUCUUGAAUCUUUUUGUUUUGUUUAUACUUUUUCAUGAUUAUACGAGUGUCGUCUGAAUAAACAUUCUUUUCACUA